GGGAAAGUGUGAGGGAAGAGAUACAUUACAUAUUACGGAAACGCCCACAUUUAAAAAGUGCACAGGGAGUGUUGCACAUAGGGUACAUAAGUGUCAAGCAGCACCAUCUUUAGCCUUGAGAAGAUUGAUGUGGAAGAUGAAAGACCAGCGUCAUAUUUUCCUGCUGACCUACAUGGUGGCGCUUGCCGCCCCUCUUUCUUUGGCUUUCAACAUUGAUGCAACAAAUCCCGAUGUCUAUGCUGGUGAAAAGAAAGAUUUCUUUGGAUACAAAGUGCUUCAGUUCAUGUCUGGCACAAACAAAGGGAUAAUCGUCACUGCGCCGCUGCAGCUCAAUGGAUCUGGAGGAGUAUGCAGACCUGACCAAAACCAAAGCACCCAGUGUUUCAAUGCUGAAGACAUUACUGUGAAAAACGAAACAUUACCAGUGAAGCUCCUCGGCAUGUCGAUCGCCGCAGACUCCACAAGCUCCCAGUUCAUUGUUUGCAGCCCAAGUGUAGCCCAUGAAUGUAAUGAAAACUCCUAUCUGAACAGUGUGUGUUACAAGAUGACACAUAGUCUUCAGACAAUCUCCUCUUUCACUCCUGCUUUCCAAGAAUGUACCAACAAGACAGUGGACCUCCGGUUCUUUUUUGAUGGAUCAGGCAGUUUCUCAGCAGUUCAGUUCUCCUCAAACCACAGGACGGUAUUUGACUUCAACAACUAUCAAGAUGGCAGCGCUCUUGGAAAACUUAUGAACGAACCCCACAUGGAAGCUCUGACCAACACACAUGGAGCCCUCGAAUUUGUGAUGAAAAAUAUCUUGGAAAACCCAGCUGCAGGUGCCUCUCCUGAUGCAAUUAAAGUUCUGGUAAUAAUCACAGAUGGCGAUCCCAGUGACAGAGACUAUGGGAUUAUUGAAGAAUAUAAUGACAAACAGAUCAUUCGCUUUGUCAUUGGGGUAAGCUGUGAUUUGAUGUUUUAUUACUCUGUCUUAUUUAUAUUACUAGUUCACUUGUUCUCUUGUCCUGUGUUCAUACUGAGCUACUGUUCAAGUUUAUCCUUACUCUACUCAAAUACAUGUAGAUUUUUCAAAAAUGUUUUAGCAAGUGCAUGUUUAGACACUUUGCAUUUGUAUGCCCCACAUUUUCAGAUUGGCUCCUACUUUGGUGCAGAGCUGUGCUCAGUAGAUAUCGACUCAGAUGGUAACACUGACUUCCUGUUGGUGGGAGCUCCCCUGUUCUAUCAGCCCCAUGAGAAGAAAGAAGGCCGGAUCUAUGUCUACAUACUUUCUGAGAAGAUGCAACUGGAAAUUGUACUAAAUGUGACAGCACCAUCCAUGGGCAGAUUUGGCACCACCAUUUCCAGCCUUGCGGAUCUUAAUGGAGACGAACUCCGAGACGUUGCCGUUGGAGCCCCCCUUGAGGAUGAUAACAGAGGGGCUGUGUACAUCUACCUUGGUGACAGACACAAUGGCAUACGCAGCACUUUCAGCCAGGUGAACGUGAUGAGCUCAGGACUGAACAUCUCAUACAUGCUUAAUGUGGAUCCAGUGAGACAAACCUACCGAGGUUUCUUUGGAAAUGACAAGACAGCCAGGAGUCUUACUUCCACCUGCAACCUGACGGCUAAUGAAACUUGCUUCGAGCACCCUGUCAACAUGCCUAAAUGUCUGAAAGACACUUUUUCACCCAUCAGCAUCAAAUUCAACUUUUCCCAAGUCGACAGUGAAAGUGCGAGUGCCGCCCUGAACGUGGACAGCAGAAGGUCGGAUACUGUUGAGGGUUACCAGGACUGA